CUGUCUAUAUUUCUAAGCGCUCACUUCAUCAUGUUGGCUGGAGAAUGCUGCGUGCGGCCGUUCUCGCUCUGGUGCCGCAGCACCGCUCGCGCCUGGAUGGCACGCUGCAGCUGAGCGCUCAGCCCGUGGAGGAAGAGCAGGAGCAGAAGCAGCAAGAGGAGGAGGAAGCUGAAGAGGAAGAGGAGGAGGAGGAAGGCUCCGGGCUCCAGGCUGGCCCCAUGCCUCGGCCACAGAGAGCCUAUGUGCUGGAGGAGCCGGAGGACGCGCGGGGACCCAAGUCUCAAGACUGGCUCUAUGAGUCGUACUAUCGCAUGAGCCAGCAGCACCCGCUCAUCGUCUUCCUCCUCCUCAUCAUCAUGGGAGCGUGCGUGUCUCUCCUCGCUGUCUUCUUCGCCUCGGGACUGGCCAUGGAGGACCACGUAGCCUUCCUCAUCACUGUGCCCACUACACUGGCCAUCUUCCUCUCCAUCUUCAUCCUAGUCUGCAUCGAAUCUGUCUUCAAGAAGCUCCUCCGUCUCUUUUCCCUGCUCAUCUGGGGCUGCCUGGUUGCCAUGGGUUACCUUUUCAUGUUCUCCGGAGGGAUCGUCUGUCCCUGGGACCAGGUCUCUUUCUUUCUGUUCAUAGUGUUUGUGGUUUACACCAUGCUACCCUUCUGCAUGCGGGACGCCAUCAUCGCCAGCAUCCUCACGUCCUCCUCCCACACUCUGGUCCUCAGCGUCUGCCUCUCAAACGCAACGCAGCAUGCCGAGCCUCUCGUCUGGCAGAUGCUGGCCAACAUCAUCAUAUUUAUCUGUGGGAACAUGGCAGGUGCCUAUCACAAACACCUGAUGGAUCUCGCUCUGAAACAGACCUACCAGGACAUGUGUAACUGCAUCAAGUCACCCAUCAAACUGGAAUUUGAGAAACAUCAGCAGGAGCGUCUCUUGCUGUCCCUUCUGCCUGCCCACAUCGCUCUUGUGAUGAAGUCAGAGAUCAUCCAAAGGCUCAAGGAGCCAAACAGCGGCCAGACGGAAAACACUAACAACUUCCACAACCUCUAUGUACAGAGACACACCAACGUCAGCAUUCUGUACGCAGACAUCGUCGGGUUCACGCGUCUGGCCAGCGACUGCUCUCCAGGAGAACUGGUGCACAUGCUCAAUGAGCUUUUUGGCAAAUUCGACCAGAUAGCCAAGGAUAACGACUGCAUGAGGAUUAAAAUACUGGGAGACUGUUAUUACUGUGUGUCUGGACUGCCUGAGUCUUUACCGGACCACGCCAAGAACUGUGUAAAGAUGGGACUGGACAUGUGUGAGGCCAUCAAGAAGGUGCGAGAUGCCACAGGCGUUGACAUUAACAUGCGUGUUGGAGUGCAUUCUGGCAACGUGCUCUGCGGUGUAAUUGGCCUCCAGAAAUGGCAGUAUGAUGUUUGGUCACAUGAUGUCACUCUGGCCAAUCACAUGGAGGCUGGAGGUGUACCUGGCCGAGUUCACAUCUCCUCUGUGACGCUGGAACAUUUGAAAGGGGCCUACAAAGUGGAGGCGGGAGACGGACAGGUCCGAGACUCGUACCUGAAAGAGCACGGCAUUGUCACAUACCUCGUCAUCAAUCCAAAGGGAGAGAGACGCAGCCCGCAUCUUCACUGCCGUCCUCGUCCGGUUCUUUAUGGGGCGAAGAUGCGAGCGUCUGUGCGUAUGACUCAAUACCUGGAGUCCUGGGGGGCAGCAAAGCCCUUCGCCAACCUGCACCACAGAGACAGCAUGACCAACGAGAACGGCAAGAUCAACACACACGAUGUGCCAAUGGGACACUAUCAUUUUACCGGGAGAUCAGAAAGAACAAAAUCCCAGAAGAAGAGGUUCCAGGAAGAGCUGAACGAGCGGAUGAUUCGUACAAUCGACGGCAUCAAUGCACAAAAACAGUGGCUGAAAUCUGAGGAUAUCGAAAGGAUAUCUCUGUUCUUUCAUAAUAAGACUCUGGAGAAAGAGUAUAGAGCAACAGCCUUGCCAGCCUUUAAGUACUACGUCACUUGCUCAUGUUUCAUCUUCUUCUGCAUUUUCAUCGUGCAAGUUUUAGUUUUGCCAAAGACCGCUGUGCUUAGUGUUUCUUUCGGGACGACCUUCCUGUUGCUCACUCUUAUCCUCAUCCUGUGUUUCGCUAGUCGCAUCCUGCGAUCGGGUGGCGUGACCUCCUGCUCUCUCUUCCCGAGCUCGUCCUUGCUCAGUGCCAACAAGCCCUGCGUCCGGCUUGUCCUCACCAUGGCAACCACCGCGCUCGUCCUCGUCAUGGCCGUCUUCAACAUGUUCUUUCUAGAGGAUGAGAAGGUGACACCAGUGGCUGCACCAAUGAACAUCUCCAAUGAGACCGUCUACGGGGUUUAUGGCCAAACUACUCAGUCCUCAGACAAGUUCUACUUACCUUACUUCAUCUACAGCUGCAUCCUGGGACUCGUUUCCUGUUCUGUGUUCCUGAGGAUCAAUUAUGAGCUGAAGAUGGUGAUCAUGUUGGCUGCUGUGGUGGCCUACAACAUCAUCAUACUCCAGACCCAUGCUGCAGUGCUGGACGAGUAUAGCAUGGCCCUCUAUAAGACCCAGCCUUUAGACAGACCCGGUGUUCUGAAAGACUUGAAGACAAUGGGUUCUGUGUCUCUUUUCAUCUUCUUCGUCACGCUGCUUGUGCUAGCGAGGCAGAAUGAAUAUUACUGUAGGUUAGACUUCCUGUGGAGGAACAAGUUCAAGCGGGAGUGUGAGGAAAUCGAAACCAUGGAGAACCUAAACCGCGUGCUGCUGGAGAACGUUCUUCCGGCCCACGUUGCCGAGCAUUUUCUGGGUCGAAACUGGAAAAAUGAGGAUCUCUAUCACCAGUCAUACGAUCUGGUGUGUGUCAUGUUCGCCUCCAUCCCAGACUUUAAGGAAUUCUACACAGAGUCGGACGUGAACAAGGAGGGACUGGAGUGUCUCAGGCUCCUCAACGAGAUUAUAGCAGAUUUUGAUGAGUUACUGUCCAAACCCAAGUUCAGUGGAGUGGAGAAGAUAAAAACCAUUGGUAGCACCUACAUGGCUGCGACUGGACUAAACAUUCCUCCUGGACAGGAUUAUGCACAUGACCAUGACCGGCAGUACAUGCACAUUGGCACAAUGGUUGAGUUUGCCUUCGCGCUGGUGGGAAAACUUGAUGUUAUUAAUAAACAUUCCUUCAAUGACUUCAGGAUGCGUGUGGGAAUAAACCAUGGUCCCGUAAUUGCAGGGGUAAUCGGGGCACAAAAACCGCAGUAUGAUAUCUGGGGUAACACGGUGAAUGUGGCCAGCAGGAUGGAAAGCACGGGGGUUCUGGGUAAAAUCCAGGUGACAGAAGAAACGAGUCGGAUCCUGCAGACACUGGGCUACAUGUGCUCGUGUCGAGGGAUCAUCAACGUGAAGGGGAAAGGUGACCUGAAAACUUUCUUUGUACAUACUGAGAUGAGCAGAUCCUUAUCACAGGGAACUGUAAUGCCUUGACCGUCUCAUCUCGCUUUUUCUUUUUGUUCCACUCUCUCUGUUUCUCUCUCUCUCACACACACAAAACAUACAUACAAAAGGGACAUUUGUACAGCAAACCUCAUCUCAACUAGUAAUAACCUCAGUACACAGACCAUUCGUUUCUCACCACGGAUUGUAUGGUGUGUGUGUGUGUGUGUGUGUGUCCCGUUGUCGCCAUUUUCUUAU